AUGGCUCAAUUUGUUGGCGGAGCUUACAUUGGCGCAACCGCCGUGCGCGAAGACUUCCAUUUAAACGCGAAACAUGCAAAUGAACCCAAAGACAAUAUACGCGCACAAGAUGCAGAUGAAGCGGUUGCGCAGAAGACGAGCUGGUUUAAGAAACGCCCAAAAGUGAGUCUGCGAAUUCGGGAGACGUGCACGAGACGAGGACAGUUUCGUUGGAAAAAAAUAAAGCCGGAUUAUAGCUAA